AUGUGGCCAGAUAAUUACAGACCAGUUAGCCUCCUUCCCAUUUUGUCAAAGAUCCUAGAAAGAAUAAUAUUUGUUAGGUUAAUGGCAUUUUUUGAUAAAAACUGUAUCAUAAAUUGUAGACUGUUUGGGUUCCAGAAUGAAAAAUCUACUGUGCUAGGAACUGCUCUUGAUAUCGUAAAGUCAUUUCUGCAGAACAGCAAACAAGCAGUGGACAUGUCACAAAAUCAAGGGAAACAGCUUUCAGAACUACAAGAUAUAAAACAUGGGCUGCCACAGGAUGACACAUCAAGCAUAACUGUGAGACCAAGCUUACAGGAGGCCAGAUGUAAAAGUAAUCAAACAGUUGAAAUGAUCACCCACUGGCUUGAAGUGAACAGGUUAAUCCUCAAUUAUGGGAAAACUAAUGCAAUCAUAUUUAGGAACAACAAAAGAAAAACAAAUGUACUGACAAAUUUGCAAGAGCCAGAUGUAAGAGUAGUUGAAAGUGCUAAAUUUUUAGGGAUCACCGUGGACAGUUGUUUAGGAUGGAAAGAUCAUUUUUCCAAUAUAAGCAAUAAACGUAGCAGUGCUGUUUUUGCUCCAAGACAAAUUAAGUCACUAAUAACUGUAGAUGAUGUGCCCAUGGUGUAUUUUUCAUACUUCAAUGCUAUAAUGAGCUAUGGUAAAGAAAUAUGGGGCCACUCAACUGAGGCAAUUAAAAUAUUCAAAUUACAAAAUAGAGAGCAAUUAGAAUAAUAGGAAAUAAAAGAACAACAGAUAGUGGCAAGCCUCUUCUCAAAACAUAUAAGAUUCUAACCUUCUACAGCUUGUACAUAUAUAAAAUUCUGCUCCUUGCUUGGGAUCAUAAAGAUAAAUUCAACAAAAAUGAAGAUGUACACCACCACCACACCAGAAACACCAAGAAAUUACGAAUUCUGCUGCAUAACACAACUCAAUAAGAGAGAAGCAGUGGUUACAUGGCAGUAAAGUUGUACAACUCUUUACCACCACACAUUACUAAUGCCAAAAUGAAGGAUAAGUUUAAACAGUCAAUCAAAAAGCUACUAUUAGAAACCCCUUUAUAUUCAAUCAGAAAAUUUCUUUCACACAAAAAUAA